GCAGUCAGCAGUGCCGCGAUCGCCGGCGAUGGUAGCAGCGGUGGUGAUGGUAGUGGUGACCGCGCGGUAAUAGCAGUGUGUUGGUGGCGUACGCUCGGCCCCGUGCGAGUGGUUUAUUCCUCUCCGUCGUCGUCGUUGUCAUCGUGCCUCGCGGUGGGGGUAAGGAUACCCCCGUGAAAUCCGCGGUGCGCGGGUGGCCGAUUAUAUUUUUCCAACUAACGUAUGUCGCUCGUCGUCGGCGGGCAAUGACUAACCGCGCGAUUGCGGACCGGCCGAUUGCGUUAACGAGAGAUAUCGUACUCGGUGCUACCGAUUCGGAGCUAUCGCUCGUUGCCCGUUAUCAUCGUCAGCGCCGGUCGGACGGGAUUUGCAUAGCAAACAGAUUGACGCGCUCGUAGUAAGUGGAUAACGAGAAAUCGCGCACGUACACCGUAUAUAGCGCGAGAGAUCGUUGGGCGCUUCGUAAGUGUGUGAAUAUCGCUCAGCGCGUGCGUGCGUGCGUGCGUGCGUGCGACUGGUAUCGGCAGGAGGGAGAGAGGAAAAGAAAGAAGGAGAAAGAGAGAGGAUACGACGGACGAGGCAAGUGCGGAGCUUAAAAUAGAAGAGUGACUUCGGCUUAAGUACGUGGCGGGAGGACGGAGCGAGUAAAACACACGAAUCGGAGAAGAGAAGGGUGGAUGUUGUGCUCACUUUUUCCCCACCUCCACGUUUCUGUGAUACGUUCGAAUUCUACGUUUCUCCGUGGGUGAAAGAGGAAACAACGGGAGAGGACGACGAGAAUACAUAUACAUACAUAUAUAUAUACAAAUAUCUCGCGAUGGAGUGCGUAUUUCUUCUGUGAUAAUUCCUAUAGUGCGUGUAUUGUAGUGGUGGAACGUAAGAAAAGGGUGAUCCCGUGUCUCACCGCGCGCGCGAGAUUCUUUUUCUCUUUUCCCGCCCGUGUGGUUGGAAAAAAAGGAAAAGAAAAAAAGAACAGGAGAGAGAGGAUCCAAGUCGAUCUUCGGCGCGGCAGAGAGAUCGCGCCUCCAGCAAGCCGAGCGCUCGCCCAUCAGGAAAGGAGGCGUCGGCUCGCUCUCUGUCCCACGCGAUGGAUCGUGACUCGCGUUCGUAUUCCUGCGGAGGCUGCGAGAGGACCGCCGCCGAGGGCCGAGCUAUGCCGAUGGAGUAACAAGUGAGCGGCGAAGCGGCGUUGCCAUGACGACAGAGACCCAUACUGUGGCGAUGACAGACCCACAGCUGACCAAUAAUAAUAACAACAAUAACAACAACAACAACAACGAUGGCGAGCCAAAGUAUCUACACAAGAAAUUCAAGAAGAUGGCGACGACCGAAGUUGCGCCGAAAGUCGUCGAGGAGGGCACGGCAAACAACGUCGUUUCUGACGAGGCACCGAAGCGAAAGGACGACAAUAAGGACGGCAAGGAGUCGUCGAAGGAACUCGGCAACAAACUCGAACCUUCCCCGGAGCCGGCAGGGGGAGUCGAGCCCACCGUUGAGUCUCGAAAGAGCGGCAGCUACGCGUGCCCUUUCUGCUCGAUGACGUGGACCAAGCCGAGUGUCCUUCAAAAGCACAUCAGGGCGCACACAAACGAACGACCGUAUCCGUGCGUGCCAUGCGGAAUUUCCUUCAAGACAAAAUCAAAUCUGUACAAGCACUGCAGGUCGCGCUCUCAUGCACACAAGAUGGAGAAAGGAGAGAAGGUAUCCGAGGAUUCCGACAUAAGUCUGUCGGAUAGCGCCAGUAAUGGUACUGGUACACCACCGCCGCCGCCAGCUUCGACGCCCACAACGGCAACGACGACAGUAUCCACUGCUGUAGUAAAGACCGUGAAAACCGGCAAGAUCUACAAGCCAAAGUUUCAAGCCCGAACAGCAUUGCAGUGCGUGAACAGUGACACCGAAACGUCUUCCUUAUCGCCCAGUUCUUCCAACAGUUCCUGCUUGUCUUCCUCCACAACUACUUCCACUUCCAAUUCUGUUAAACCUAAGGCGGAGCAGCUACAGGAGCAUAUCGACAAGAUUAUUACAGACAAUCAGGCGAUCGUCGAUGCGGUGGAUCCAUGUCUGCACAAACUAAUGCAUCGCCAACAGAGCCUAGUCGAGACAAAACAGUCAUUUGAACAGCAGCCGUUAAACUUGUCUUCCGCGGAGGAGACCUUGAACAACAGAAAGCGUUGUUACAGCGAUAGUUGUGCUCAGGAAGCGAAAGAUGAGCUUCCGGAUAGCUCAAUCAUCAAGGAUCUCCUUUUGAAAACUCGCGGUUCUAUGAACGGACCGGUACCGGAGACUGCCGUAGAAAAUUUCGUCUGCCCCACUUGUAACAUCCCCUAUACUAGCAUAGACAAUUUGGAGGCUCACCGCAGAUAUUACUGUAAAGGUAUUGACAAUUCUCGAAAAGGAACCGAUUAUCACGCGGACUUGGAAAAACGAGAUUCUGAUUUCGAUGUAAAAUCUGCCGAUUAUUAUAGCACCUUGCAACCGUUACCCUCGCCGGGUCCUCUACUAGGUAACACUAGACUAGUCGACGCGUAUGCUCCGCCUGCCAAGAAGCAAAGAACGGAAACUGUGCCGACCAGUUUAAGAUCGCUGGAGGAGCUCAGCAAAUACCCGCGUCCAAACUCGUUGCAGAUGUUCGGUGGUGAAGUGAGGAUCCUCGACAACACGGGCGAAGUAACGAAAACGAUGAGGAUCGAGCCACGACAGACAAAUUCGCCCACGAACGAGCACGUUGUCAAUAGCAAGUGCAUGAACUCGGAGACGGCGUCGAUAGUGGUGAAAUCGGGACUUCAUUCUGGUGGUACCAUGAUGCAUAAACCGCCGGGAACAUCGGCUAGCACGUCCAAUUCCUCCAUAUCUCUGCCCAACGCACCGAAGAUAUUGGCGCCCAUUAUACCAAACAUAUCAACCCCGAAUAUAGCGCCUACCAUGUCCUGUUACGACUACUUGGAGUCACACCUCAACCCGCUGACGAGCAUCACUGCCUACAAUCCGUUGACUCUGCCGCAAGCUGGUAUCACAAGUAUCCUCCAUGGCGGAAAGGUGAUACCUUAUGUACCUGGUAUGCCCGGACCACAUACUCUGACUGGUACGCCGACUAUAGACAUAUCUCCGAGUAUAACGGCUGGCGAAGCCGGUUAUAAAGUGAUACCGGGCCUACCGGGUCUACACAUGAUACCUCAGCCACUGGACCUGGCUAGUCCAGUCAAGGUACAGCCCAGUACGGUGCCUGGUAUGCCCAGUCCGUUGUCUGGACAUGUUCCUUCCUUGCUAGAUCAGCCUCUGGAUUUAGCUAGUCCGGCGAAGGAGUCGAUGAAGAUCAGUUUCAAGACACCUAAUGGCGAUAGUCUGAAGAGCGGCUUGACCAGUCCCAAAGUUCCUAACGUCAAGGUCGAAACUUCGACAGACAAGUAUCGCACGAGGAUGCCGUCAACUCUCACCGGUGGAGAGACCGGCAAAGCAGAGCUCGAUCGUCAUAUCAAAAAUAAUACGGCCGUAAAAUACAGGAGUAUAGAGAGUCCGCGAGAGAGGAAGGAUUUUACAUAUGACAAGAGUCCAAAGUUGGACAAGACUUUUAGUUAUCCAAAUGGCGUGGAUCCCACAAUUUCUUCAAACUCUUACAGCAAGAUGAGAUACUCGCCCAAGACCAUUUCGGAAAACAAGAAGAGAUCAUCGAAUUGGGGUGUCAGUGAAGUUGAUGCUGGUAGAGCACUCCCGGUAGAUACGCACACUGCAAUCUCUAAGUUAGACCUACCUGUUCACGAGAACGGUCGAUUAAAAAAUAGUGUCUCUUCGGAUACACGUGGAUGGAUUAAAGUCGCGGACGGAUACGGCGCAUUCAACGGCGCUAAGAUGAAGGCCGACAACGCGUCAUCGGUAAUACUUGUAAACUUAGAUUCUUCCAAGACAGAAGUGCCAACGAAAACUUCCGUAGAAUUAAUUGUUAAGGACAAACAACCCGAGGCCAAAUCGCCGAAGAGCGGCGACGUCGUUAAAGAAACAACUAAUGUUAAUAAGUUCUUGAGACCCACGUCUCUACCGUUGAAACCUGGCACGUUUACACCGAAAAAGCAUCACGGGAUCACGCCUACGGCGAACACCCUUCCUCUCAUCAGUCCGGAGACUCCGCGACCCAAGAAAUCGUACGGACAACUAUAUCUAAAUGGGCAUGCUUACACAUAUCUAGGUCUUAAGUGUUCCACCAGGGUGUUUUAUUGUACCUUGAAUCGACCGCAGCCAAUGUACGUCACACAGCAGCACGGUCUGUCGAUGUACUCCAAUUGGAAGAUAUGCAAGGAGGCACCACCAGAUGUGGACAUGGCACACUACGACUCUCGACAUAGACCUCUCAAUUACACGACCGCUUGGAAGAAACAAGAGGCUAUUUUAACGCACUCUUCGCAAAGACCAACCACUCCCACCAGUCCGGACAGCGGAUUGGAAAGUGACAUGCAGGAGAAGACGAAAAGGGUGAAGAUAUUUGACGGAGGUUUUGAGAGUAACGAAGAUUACACCUAUGUGCGCGGAAGAGGACGAGGACGUUAUGUCUGCGAAGAAUGUGGUAUUCGUUGUAAAAAACCAUCUAUGUUGAAGAAACAUAUCAGAACACAUACGGAUGUUAGGCCGUAUACUUGCAAGCAUUGUACUUUUAGUUUCAAAACAAAGGGUAAUCUCACGAAACACAUGAAGUCCAAGGCUCACUACAAAAAGUGUGUGGAAUUAGGUGUAGUACCAGUUCCUACAACUGUCUGCGACGAAAAUAUCGACAAGGAGGCUAUCGCGCGAUUAGCUGCUGGUGGUGGUAACACAGAAGAAUCCUCAGAGGAGGAGGAAGAAAGUGACGGAGACGAAAGCGAGGAAUCGGGCAGCGAGGAGCAAGAAGCAGCACAAAGUCUACUCAGUCUUUCACAACGUAACACGUCGAAUAGAUUGCCAGGCUUGUUGCCGUCUGGUAGACCCACAACAUAUCCAUACACGCUAACUUUACCGACAACUUCCACGAUGAGCAUCGCGUCCACUACCGCGGCUACGUCCACCAUCAGUCAAAGUGUUACCACGCAAGAAACAACUUUGAUCCAAAAUGAAUUAUCGCAUCGUUAUUAUUUCCCAUCAAAUCGAAAUACGACGGAAGAAACGAGGAUCAGUGUCAUCCAAUCGUCAAAGAAAGAUGAUUCUGACUUCGAGAUCGAGGAAAUCACCGAAGUCACGGAGUCACGUCAUCAGCUGUCGCUGCCCAUGGAUCUCACGACGAAGCAGACCACUCAGGUGUUGCCCUCGCCGGUCCCGCAAAGGAUUAGACACGCGGACAUUCUGACACCCGUUUCGGAGCCGGUCUUAUUGCAGACGAUAGUCCAGACGAUGGAACGGCUGCCUAUACAGGGUAGAGAAUGGAAACCGGAUGCGGAGGGCCACAUGUUGCAGGCCUACCUCACGGAGAGACAUGUGAUGGACAGCAAAAUUAAGCAGCAGUAUCGCGUGGGAAAUACCAAGGACAAUAAGCAGAUACAGGAAAGAGAUAUUUACCCGCGUCAUCAGGAUCAAAAUAGGUCCAGGCACAUAGAUUCCAACGGUAUUCCGACGGUGACGUAUACCGAUCCUAGCAAGAUGCAGCAUACCGUUAUGGAAUCUAGGAUUAAACAAACGACAAAGCAUACCAGUGACGACAUUAAGAUGGAAAUUAGGGAGAAGAUUUAUCAGAACAAUAUGGCAAUGGAGAGACGAAUAUUCGAUUACGAGGCUAUUCACAAGAAUAAAGAACAGACUAAUCGUAUGGUUUCUGAUCGUGAAAAUUUUGAGCUUGGUCUAACUAACGGUCCCGCUAGCACAAGACCAAGUAUUGAGUAUAGUCUAGCCAUGACCAGGAACAAUAGUUCGAUCGAGAGACCGAACUGUUCUAUUGUACCUGUUCGCAACACAUCCAGUAUUGAUUGCCAUUCACCGAAAUCUUUAAAUAUAGACGUCAAUAACCGACCACAAUUGAUGCAACAUACAAACAACGACAUUGACAGAAAUUCCAUGUUCAACGCGAUGAAGAUGGUGAGUGAAAUGGAAAGAUCUAGGGAAUGCCAUCCUGUUGGUCAGGAAGUAAGAUCUGCUAAUCACGAGAUGAGAACCGCGACUAACGAUAUUCGAAUGCAGAAUCAUAGUCCACGAAAUCUCGAUCUAAGGCCGUCUAGUAGAGAGAUCAGAACGCCCGGUCAAGAGUACAGAACACAGAAUCAGGAAUUGAGGCUACCGAGUCAACAGGAGUACAAGAUACGCGGUCAAGAGAUGAGACCGCCUAGCCGUGAGUACAAACCGUCGUUCGCUCACGAUAUGCAAGUUAUUCAGGAGCUUAUGCCAUCGGCAAACAUGGAAAUCCGGCAAGCAAAUCCAGAUAAUAGACCGCCGAGUCGUGAUAUGAGAGCUCUCGCGGAAUACAGAACGCACGCGCAAGAUCCACGUGCCAAUUACGAAAUAUUACAGCCUAUACACGAACCACCCAAGUCGCAAAACGUAGACGCGAGAAGCACGUCACCGCAAAAAGUACGAAUUCUUUAUUAUGAUACGAAACACACUGCAGACAUGGUUAAGCAGAAUGCAUUAGACAGCAUGAAACACGCGGUAGCCGGAAAGAUAGUCGUCGGUGGGUCAGAUUUUCAAUCGCCUUCACCAAACACAGUAAACGCGAAACCGCAAGCGGAAUUUCUACAACCGUCCAGUGGACCCGCGCCUAACUAUGUCAGUGUCACAGAAGAUGGUAGGAGUGUAUGUGGGAUUUGUAAUAAGGUGUUCAGUAAGCCUAGUCAGUUACGGCUACACCUCAACAUCCAUUAUUUUGAGCGGCCAUACAAAUGCGAAAACUGUGCAGUUUCCUUCCGGACUAAAGGCCACUUGACGAAACACGAAAGAUCCGUUUCCCAUCACAAUAAGGUCAGUAUGACUUCUACGUUUGGUGCAGCGACUACUAGCAACCCCAGACCUUUCAAGUGUACAGAUUGUAAGGUAGCAUUCAGAAUACAUGGACAUUUGGCCAAGCAUCUUCGCAGCAAGAUGCAUAUCAUGAAAUUAGAAUGCUUGGGCAAACUGCCGUUUGGAACAUAUGCAGAGAUGGAAAGGUCUGGCAUCAACUUGAAUGAUAUCGAUACUACAGACUGUGAUAAUAGUCUUAAUAGUCUGCAGAUGUUGGCUCAAAGAUUAGGCGAAAAGGACCCGGCAAAAAUCGCGCAGUGGGACUCGGAAACUCUGCCCGGACCGGUCGUGAGUGGCAGUGAGACUUCGUCAGAUGAGGGUGAGCCUAUACCGCAGCACGCACUUCAUGCAACAUACGUGAAAGCGACAACGGACGCAGACAUCUCUCGACCAUAUCACAUGUCAAUCGUCCCCGAGAAACCGAAAGCUAUUAACGACGUUCGCCUCCGCAGUCCUCAGUUCAAUCAGCAUAGACGUGAUUACUCCGUUAAAGAGCAGCGACCAAUUUCGGCGGUCGUUCCGGAAGACGCAAGACUGGAGGACAGUUUACAAUCGUACAAGUGCCAAGUUUGCCCCGUAUCUAUGCGUACUGUAAAUGAGUUACAGGUACACUGUUUUGUUGAACAUAAUAUUGAGACGGAUUCUAGUACAAAUAUUCAUGGAGAUAGAAGUGCGGGUAAAUGUAGGGAAAAAGAGAAUACUCAAAAAAGAAUUAUGGAGGAAUUCGUAGUGAAGGAAGAUCACAAAAGACAAAGGAUAGAGGAUACAUAGUGCCAAAACAAUAUAGCGUGCUAAAAGAAUUUUUCGAGUGGUGUUUGCCAUACUACUUAGAGAAAUCGCGGUUAUAAUA